AUGCCUCGCGGGACGCCACAUAUAAGAGAUCUAAACUCUUCCGCCCUCUUCAUUCUCACGGACUCCGUUUUUUAUCCUUUGGAAAGGAUGGCUCGGUUCGCGCUGCUUGGCCUAUAUCUUGCACAGUGCUCCGUCUUCGUCUUUGGACAAAGACACAAUGAGCCUGUGACUGUCUACGCAGGCAUUACUCCUGCUGCUGCUGCUGCUGCUCCCCAGAUAACCGCAGUAACCGGAUGCCAUAACCAUGGCCCUGAAACAUAUUGUAUUGACCCAACUGGCGGAGAGGUGCUUGUAUCCGGUGAAGCUACAGCUACAGGCCCUCCACCCUCACAAUAUACAGGUUGUCAUAACCACGGCUCGGAUACAUAUUGUUUAGGGCCUGGCGGAUCCGAAGUCCAGAUAGUAUCCGAAGGAUCUUCGGGCGGAGGAUCUUCAGGCGAAGGCCAUGAUCACGAAGAACACGGCCAUGAAGGGAGCAGCCAUGAAGGUCUAAACUGUCAUUUCCAUGCGGGAGUAGAGCAUUGUGUUCCUACGGGCGGAGGUGAGGCACCGCCUGUGUCCUGUGAUCGAGUUGAUCGAGACUACAAUAUUCCUUACCGUAUCGGGUCUCUAUUUGCCAUCUUGUUCACAAGUGCAAUUGCUGUGUUUGGCCCCGUCCUGAUGAGGCGGUUCUUUGCAUCAAAGAUGAAUAUCUUUGUGUUCACAAUCAUCAAGCAGCUUGGCACAGGUAUCAUGAUUGCAACUGCUUUCAUACAUCUUUUGACACACGCCGAGCUCAUGUUUGGCAAUCAAUGCCUCGGUACUCUUCAAUACGAAGCUACUGCUACAUCCAUCUUCAUGGCCGGACUAUUCGUAACCUUCUUGAUCGAAUACUUUGGAAAUAGGGUAGCCUCUUCACGUAGCAAGAGGCAUCCUCAGGGGGAUGAGAUGGAACCUUCCGCGACCUCUAGCCACACUGGCCCGGUAUCAGGGGCGAAGAUGGGUCUAGAUUCGGCAAUUGCAAACCUGGGUCACAGCCAUGGUGAAUCAGGUCCAGAUGACAAGAUUAGCGUUUUUCUCAUGGAAGCAGGCAUUGUCUUCCACUCAGUUAUCCUCGGUGUGACACUAGUAGUCUCAGGUGAUUCCGGCUACACUCCCUUAUUCAUUGUGAUAAUCUUCCACCAGAUGUUCGAAGGCCUGGCGCUUGGAUCCCGAAUCGCUGAUCUGCCCUGCACGGCCAUAUCUACCAAAUAUAUCAUGGCUUCUAUCUUUUCCCUCAUCACACCUCUGGGUAUGGCCAUUGGCCUUGGGGUACUUCAUUCAUUCAACGGAAAUGAUAAGAGUACUAUUAUUGCAAUAGGCACCCUCGACGCAUUCUCUGCUGGUAUCCUUGCAUGGGCUGCCAUCGUCGAUAUGUGGACUCAUGACUGGCUGCAUGGAGACCUCAAAGACGCUGGUGUUGGUCGAACGAUGACUGGCCUCCUGGCACUCAUCACGGGUAUGGUUUUGAUGGGAGUCUUGGGCAAAUGGGCAUGA